AUGGAGCUCACAAAGAAAAGAUCGUGGACGACUGCGUUGGGGGGUGUCGACACUUGCCCGGAUCUGGUUCGGCGGCCUGACAUCAACCUCUGGUCAACUGCGCAGUUGAACGGAACGACAGACACCAAAGACCACGACGACCUCGAGAUCCCACAAGAGACAUUUUCCGAACCCUGCCUCAAAGACCAAUUGGCUGAAAAUUGCCAUGUUGACCUCUACGAAAGUCGAGAGCAUUCUUUGGAAUCCUCAGACGAAUCUCACCGGGCCGACCCUGAAACCCUUGACGAGACGCCUUCGAGCCCUGCAAUCGACUCUGACACUUUCUCCACUUCUCGGAGCACCGAAGAGACAGAACCUUUGGCUAAGGCGGAUGAAGCGACUACCGUUUGCUAUGGACUGAUAACCAAUGCUUUCGCAAAACUCUUCCCUUCUUCCCAACGGUCAUCUACCCAAUUCCUCAAGAGACGGACGGCUUCUCCGAUCCGAAUUCGAUCCGAUGGCAUCACCAUUUGCGACAGCGAUGCCCAGGAGGUGGCACAAUUGGACCAGCAACACGCGGCGGUCAUCAAAAAGGUGAAGGCACAGUGUCCAAGCUUGAAGUGUGAAGUAUACCUCUCCCUCGACGACGAAAUAAUCAGAAAUGUCUCUAAGAAGCAGGCCCAUAUGGUCCUAUCCUGCGAGAUAAACCUCUUCGGUCCAGCAUCCUACGGAGAGCGAGUCGGAAUCUGUCUUGGGGAUGCACAUAUUUUCUUACAGGAGCCCAGUGUGCUGCAUCCAUCUAUCCCCUACUCCAAUCCUCAUGUAUAUUCUAGAACAGAGGAACAACUCACCCCGUUCUUCAUACAGCAGUCAGAUGAUACCCACCAUUUCGACCAAGAAAUCAAAAACAUACUGUGUGAGACGCAUCACGGUGGUCUGCAGUCGGUCUUUGAACAAGACUCGAGAAUCAAGACAACCUUGCAGCCUCAUCAAAUCGAAGCACUGGAUUUUAUGCUGCGUCGCGAGGCCACAGAGGAGAAACAUCUCCUCUCAACAAUGUAUGUCCACGAGUUGACUCGGGAGAAAAAGCAUGCCCCAGUCAACGAGUGCGUAGGGGGCUUGCUGGCAGACGAGAUGGGACUGGGGAAGUCUCUCUCGUUGUUGGCACUGAUAAUCCACACCUUGGAAGAGGCUCGACACUUCAUGGCCGACAAUCACACCGCAUCUCCGCGCCAGGUCCAGAAAAUUGGGGCCACCCUUAUCGUAACCCCUUUUUCAACUCUGCAGAAUUGGCAAGACGAGCUUUCCAAACAUCUAGACGCAAAGGCUUUACGCCUCUACGUCCACCACGGCCAGGCAAAACCAAGGCUGCAUUCGGACUUGGCAACUGCUCAAGUUGUGCUGACGACAUACGAAACUAUCUCCUUGGGACGAAAGUCAUCAUCUAGUCAUCUGGGUCAAUUUUCAUGGUUCCGAAUCGCCCUUGACGAAGCCCACUGGAUUCGCAACUCCUCAACACAGGUUUUCCAAACCUUGCAUGAAUUUGAGGCCGAGAGGAGAUGGUGUUUGACAGGCACGCCCGUUCAGAAUGGCCUGGGCGAUCUUUGCGCUCUCACUCGCUGGCUCAGAUUCUAUCCCUUCGACUCGACCCGAUCGUUUAGGAAGUUCAUUACGGAUCCAUUAUCCAGGCGUGAUGAGGCUGGUCUCUCUGAUCUACGCCGUAUGACUAGGGUAUUUCAGAUUCGCCGUAUGAAACAGGCCCUGGGCCUAGGUGGUGUAACGUUACGCACGAUCAGCGUCUCGCUUUCCAAUCAGGAACGCGACCAAUAUGAUGUGGUGAAAACUAGCAUCCUCCAAACCUUGGCCGAGGCCUCCAAGGUCCAAAAAGCACAGCGCUCGAUAAGCACUCUCCUAGGCAUCCGAGACUUACGGAGGAUUUGCUGCGACGGGAUCAGUUUGCAAGACCGCUCUGCACGCCAGCUUGCCGAAAUUCCAGCCUGGGUCUCCAACGUUACUUGUAAUCAAUGUGGCGGGACCAUCAGGAAAGCCGAGUGGCCGUCGGUUUUCCACGGACAAUGCGGCCAUGCGCUCUGUAAAGCCUGUAGGGCGAAUUCUCCAAACAACAGCGCCGAAGCAUUAGCUAAGGAGGUAUCCUGUCUCAUAUGUGGGGCGGUCGAAGAAGACCUCGUCUCUGGUAAUCCUCCGGGUGCCACCAGUACAUAUGACGGGAUUACUUCCCUUAUCCCGCCGGAGCAGGACACGGGGAAUUUCACCCCUGCGAAAAUUGUCGCAGUAACGUCCAAGCUCCUAGAGCUACACCAGGAGCCCCUUGCGGGUACUGGGAAGAGCCUUGUUUUCUCAUACUGGUUACACGCACUAGCACUGCUGGAGAAACAACUUCAACGGUACGGCAUACAAUGCGUGCGUAUCGACGGCAAGCACUCGCCGGAUGAUCGAGCCAGAGCACUCUCUGCGUUCCGGACGGAUCCAGAAGUACGAGUGAUGCUCGUCACGUUUGGAACAGGCUCUGUGGGUCUGACUCUUACAGAGGCGACCGAUGUCCAUCUCAUGGAGCCACACUGGAACCCUAUGGUAGAAGAGCAAGCUAUCGGCCGCGCCCACCGCAUCGGACAAGACAAGCCAGUGACGGUGUGGCGGUAUGUGGUGGAGCAGAGCAUCGAGGAGAAUAUCGUCCGCAAGCAGCAACGAAAGCGAUAUUUGGCAAAGAUCGCGCAUUCCAAACACGAGGGGGAGUGCUCGGGUGGUGGGAGGCGGAACGGGCGCGGGCAAGAGGAUGAGGAGAAGCUUGAAGACUUGCUGCAGGAGUGUCACCUGCUCCAGGGAUAG